UUUUAUUUUUUUAAUGGAUGGUGGGAAUCUCUAUUAUUUGUUCUUGCAGGUUAAAAGAGUUUUAAAUAAGCUUUGAGGUAUUAUUCCCAAAGUUAUUUGAUUUAGAAGCUCUCAUUUCAUCUUCUUGUUCUCUGUGGUGCUGUUACACUUUGCAGUUUCCUUCUUCUGCCUGCAGUGUUGUUUACUGAUAUGCAUGCUAAAUGCAUGUAUAUUGAUAAAUACGGGCUGUGGCCAAAGGAUUGUUAAUUUUACUGUUUUCCAGUGUUGUUUAUUGCAUGUAUUCUGCAUAGAGGGUUCUGAUGAGGUCCUGCACUUCUGUGAUACGAAUCAUGAAUGAGCAUUAUGUUCGGAAUGCAGUACCCAAAGUGGCUGGCUUGCUGCUCUCUCCCCUGGUAAAUGCUCUGAAAGAUGAGGAGAUCUUGACCCUCAGUAUGCCCAUGAAGGUUGAGUGGGUAGCAUAUUUUCAACAUGUGCUCAGAAUGUACUGAAAAUGCAUACGGUAAUUGUAGUAUCUAUGACACGGGUAGGCAAUGGAAGCUUGCUUUCCCAAUUUAAUCUUCUUGGGAAAUCUGGUUGAUGGCGCGGCGCGCCUGUCUAUUGCAGAUCCAGCCGAACUAGCCUGCCAACCCCGUUUGGAGAUUGGGCUGAAAUCAGUACGAGGAGUUGGGGAUAUGAGGAUUCCAUAGCCCAUCAGAAGACAAUGCAGAACUUGUGUUGUGAGUGGCAAGAUACAUGGAAACAGUUUGUUGGAUGAGAGUGGCAUUGGGAAUGGGAAUGGGAAUGGAAUGGAUGUAUUGAUUGCAUAACGCCAGUGCUAUGCAAUACAAUGCAAGCCACAAUACUAAUACUACUACUACUAAUAAAAAUAAGAUUUGGUAUCGGCAUCUGAGAGCCGAUCCAACCCACCCCACUCCCAACUCCCAUUUCAUUUAGUGGAUAGGAGAGAGAGAGAGAGAGGGAGAGCCACGCCAAUUUUCUUCAUUUAUCUGUGUGGAUGUGGACAGUUGGCUACUGCUUUGCAGAGCUGCCGUUCUCCAUCCAACUAUAAUACUAUUAUACUAUUGUGUGAGUGUGGUUAUCGGGGUGGGUGGUGGUGGCAACUAGCAAGUACUCUCUCUCCCUGCGAUGCGAGGGGAGGGGAGGGGAGGGGAGGUGAGAUGUAAUGAGAUGAGAUGAUCCUCUUGUCUUGAAGAUAAAGAUUGCGGACAGACAGAGAGACACCCCUCACAGGGGACACGUGUCGUGUGGGCCCUCUAUCAUUCUUGGCCACAUAUAUGAUGGUGACCAAACUGUCUCUCUACCACCUUUCUAUUUUCGUAGAUCUGUCCUUGCUGCUGCACCCUCCCCUUUUUUUUCUGUUAUAUUAUGAACAUGCUAUAUCCUCCUCCACUCCACUCCGCUGACUGUAAUUUGAGGAGGAAUCCCACGUCCUCAACCUCGAUACAUACACACCUGCUGUCGGGUCUGUCUUGUUCAAGUGUUCUGCUGCUGCACUUGCACUUGUACUUGUACAUGUUAUCUAUCCAUUCCUGUUGACUGGCACUGCUGUUUGCCCACUCUUCCCCUCCCUUCCCUUACUCUCUCCCUUCCUUUCUUCUUCCUUUCCACAUUUCCUUUCCUUUCCUAUUCAUUUUCCUUGCUGUUUGGAUCAAUCAAGAUUCCUCUCUUUCUUAUUGUGAUUGUGAGAAGCAAAGCUGCCCCCUUUUCUCCUCCUUCCCAUUCUCCGGUUUUCUAUUCUUGUAUUUGCAGGCUUCUUCAACCCUUCCCACAUGGCUGCUCACCCUCCUAAGGACCAAAUCGAGGGUGGUAGCCUGGGACACGCUCCUGUUUCAGUUGGUCCACAACUGGUGGAUUCCGCAGCUGCUGCUCAAUCAAAAGUCUUACCCUCUUCUUCCUCCUCCUCCAAUGGAAAUGUCCAUGCACUUAAGGUUAGGAAACCCUAUACCAUCACAAAACAGAGAGAAAGGUGGAGUGAGGAGGAACAUCAAAGGUUUGUUGAAGCUCUCAAGAUAUAUGGGCGUGCUUGGCGUCAAAUUGAAGAACAUGUGGGGACCAAGACUGCCAUCCAAAUCCGAAGUCACGCUCAAAAGUUCUUUGCUAAGGUCAGACGGGAUUUAUGUGUUGGUGCUGAAGUAUCUUUGGCUCCUAGCGACAUCCCUCCUCCCCGGCCGAAGAAGAAACCUAUGCAUCCUUACCCUCGUAAAACAGUUGUUGUUGUUGUUGAGUCAGCUACUAAUACAGAUGCUGUGUCCUCCAAUCGAGCGGAUGAUGAUGAUGGCGAUGAUGAAUUGGUUGCUGGAAGAGAGAACUAUUCUCCCACUUCAGUCCUUUCAGCGAUCGGUAUUUCUGAUAAUGCAGAAUCAACUGGUGAGAUGCAUAUAUCUCCUCCAAUUUCAACCGCUACUGUGACUGAUGUUGGCGCUGCCAACUUAUUAUUAGGAGGGGUGGAGGAAGGCUGUGGUCAUUUGCCCAUUAAAAUGGCUUCAGCUGCCCCAAUCCCAGAGAACAGCUGCAAAUCAACCAUGAAGUUGGACUUGUUUCGUUGGGGGAAGGAGUGUUGUAAUGUGGGGUAUGAAGAUGGUGAUGCACAAGAAGCUCGUAUUGAUGAUACUAAGCCUCCUACUACUACUAGUAGCAGCAGCAUUAUUAAACUAUUUGGAAAGACAGUUGUACUAAGAGAACCUCGACCUCGACCUCCUCUUCCUCAGCCUCUUCCCUGUCCCGGACAACAGGAGCCCUCCAAAGUAGUUGUGGGCAACACGGCUCCUCCUCCUCCUCCUCCUCCUACUACUAAGGAGUUAGGACCCAACAAGAAGGAUGCUUGUGGAUUUGGAUGCAAUGCUGCUGCAAUGCUUUUCUGUGACACAAACUACCAGCAGGUGAUGGGGAAUUUAUUCAGCUGGCACUGCAGCUCCAUGCGCAUUGAUGCCGAUCCCCCCUCAUUGCUGGCCAAAGAAAAUGCAGAAGAAGAAGGUGUCUCCUCCUUGAAGGAAGAAGAAGAGCAGAGGCAGCAAAAGCAGCAAUGCAUGGUUGGUUCCAGCAGCAGGUGGAGGAGGAAGGGAGCAAAAUAUGCGGGCAAGUCGGGAGGGGGAGGUAAAGGUUUCAUGCCAUACAAAAGACGCAGCAGCCAGGCAGAAGAAGAUGAUAAAAGAACCACCACACCCACACCCACACCCACUAUAUUUCCAUCUCUUCCAUCAUUCCGUGAGGGUCAGAGAGCAAGAGUUUGCUCGUAGCAGGCAGGCGAGAUGCAAACUUCAAUUGCAAUUCAUUCAUUCAAAGGCGCCUCUCACAGACUGCAACCGCAAUGCUGUGCGUGCGUGGACGCGCAUGAGCAAAUCAAUUCCCUACCUAGAGAACUUAUGUAUGUAAUAACAAUAAUGAUCUCUCAAAACCAACAAACCCAUUUCCCAGCAUCCCCACAAUAAUAACAAACAAGCACUUCUUCAAAUACCAUCAUACUAACUAGAGCGUCUUAGCAGUGCAAGCAAGCAACGUCACAGUUGCGCAACCCAUAGCAAGCAGCUUAGGACGUCACAUCUCAUCAGAACUUCAAGAGUUACGCAUGUUUUAACAAAGUAAUCACAAGAUAGGUGAGGAGGAAGCCUUCGUGUCGGAAGAGAAAAAACAGAAAAGAACAACAGGGCAGUAAUAAUUUAAAAUAGACUCAGUCCAAAGGAAGGGGUCUCAAAACACCAACAAACUAAUAGUAAACUCAUCUACUAUUAACAG